AUGACAGUUGACAAGACAUCACAGAUGAACAUAACACUUGACAAAACAUCACAGAUGAACAUGACAGUUGGCAAGACAUCACAGGUGAACAUGACAGUUGACAAGACAUCACAGGUGAACAUGACAGUUGAUAAGACAUCACCAGUGGACAUGACAGUUGACAAGACAUCACAGGUGAACAUGACAGUUGACAAGACAUCACAGGUGGACAUGGCAGUUGACAAGACAUCACAGGUGAACAUGACAGUUGACAAGACAUCACAGGUGAAUAUGACAGUUGACAAGACAUCACAGGUGAACAUGACAGUUGACAAGACAUCACAGGUGAACAUGACAGUUGGCAAGACAUCACAGGUGAACAUGACAGUUGACAAGACAUCACAGGUGGACAUGACAGUUGACAAGACAUCACAGGUGAACAUGACAGUUGACAAGACAUCACAGGUGAACAUGACAGUUGACAAGACAUCACAGGUGGACAUGACAGUUGACAAGACAUCACAGGUGAACAUGACAGUUGACAAGACAUCACAGGUGAACAUGACAGUUGACAAGACAUCACAGGUGGACAUGACAGUUGAUAAGACAUCACAGGUGAACAUGACAGUUGACAAGACAUCACAGGUGAACACAAGAGUUGACAAGACAUCACAGGUGGACAUGACAGUUGACAAGACAAAUCAGGUGAACAUGACAGCUGACAAGACAUCACAGGUGAACAUGACAGUUGGCAAGACAUCACAGGUGAAAAUGACAAUUGACAAGAUAUCACAAGUGAAGCUGGCAGUUUACAACAUGCAGGGCACUUAA